UGUGUGGGUAAUCAGGAUUCGGAAUUUGGACAUAAAUAUGGGCGAAUCAAAGAAGCAGUUCGAGGAUUUUAGAGUGAAAGGAUGUGUAUGUGCACCAUUUACAUUACUUAAAGAUGACGGUGAAAUUAACUUUGAUGGCUUCGAAGAGUAUGCAAAAUAUCUUGUUAGUCAGAAGUUCACGUAUCUUUUCGUGAAUGGAACAUUGGCAGAAGGGUUAUCUAUGACACAAGAAGAGAGAAAAAAGACAGCAGAGGCAUGGGUUAAAGUAGCGAAAGGAAGGUUUGGAAUUAUUCUUCAUAUUGGAACUAACAAUUAUAAAGAUUCUCAAGAGCUGGCUCGGCAUGCAGAGAAGAUUGGGGUUGACGCAAUAGCAUGUUUUGCGCCAUCUUUCUACAAACCUGACUCAGUGGAGAAACUAGUAGAGUAUAUUUCCAAAGUAGCUUCGGCAGCACCAAAAACACCAUUCUUCUACUACUGUAUCAAUUUCUUCACUGGUAUUUAUUUGAAUGACGCAAAAUUCCUGGAGCUCGCAGAAAGUAAAAUUCCGAACCUUGUUGGUUUAAAACAUUCAUCGAGAGAACUUCCCAAUGCUCACCGAUGUAUGAUGGUUAAUCCAAAGAAGUUCCAGGUCAUGAUAGGGUCAGAUGUGCAACUGCUUACUAGUCUUUCACUAGGAAUAGAAGUACCAGUUAUAGCAUCAUUUCUGGGACAGUUAUUUGACAAUAUGAAGACGGCUUUCGAUAAAGUUGACAUGAAAACAGCAAGUAAAUAUCAGUGUCAAGCACAAGAAAUCAACACAAUACGAUCAGAAUUUGGUGCAGGCAUAAAUGUAGCGAAAGCAAUGUUUAACAUAGUUUCUGGGCUUAAUGCUGGACCUGUACGACUGCCACUCAGCGACUUAAGUCAGGAACAUAAACAACAGUUAAAGGAAAAACUUGAUGCCACUGGAAUAUUUAAAUAAUAUAGAGUAGAAAUGCAAAACAAAGAGGUAUCCAGAAGUCUAUUAGUUUCUAUGAACUAUCGAUAGAAAAGAAUUAUAAUAUACAGCCUUAAGAUAAACAAAUUAUCUGUUCAAAAUAAAUUAACUGUACAUUGAUGUGAUUGUUUUAGUACCACACAACUUAUUUUACUGUCAUAACAAUGUUUGGUGUAAAUUUUUAUUACCAAUAAUACUGGCUGCACAAAAAAUAAAAACAUACGCUGAA